AUGUUGGUUUCUACCUUAGUAUCUCUCGCUGCCCUUGCGGUUGGAGUUGCAGCACACCCAAAACCAAAGGGACCGCAACCAUGGGGAUACUUCACCAACAACACUAUCUAUCAGACGACGGGGAACGAAUCGGUAACGUACCCUCGAUAUGUUGAACUCAAGUGCGGCACCAUUCUCGCCACCACUUCACUAUCCGGGCAUUCCCCGAACUACUUCCCGGUUUUCGAGAGCAAAGAUGGCGGCGCGACGUGGAAGUACAUCUCCAAUCUAACGGAUCAAGUGAAUGGCUGGGGUUUUAGCGCCCAGCCUGCGUUGACCGAGCUGACCGAGCCAAUGGCUGGAUAUGAGGCUGGCACCAUCUUGGGGACAGGGAACAGUUGGAGCAACAACGGCACAAGGAUCGAUCUGUAUGCCAGUACCGACGGUGCCAGGACCUGGGAGUUUGUAAGCCACAUUGCCCAAGGAGGCCGUCCAAACACGACCAAUGGUGCAACUCCGAUUUGGGAGCCUUACCUUUUACAAUACGAGGGCAAGCUGGUUGCAUAUUACUCGGACCAACGUGAUCCUAAGCACGGCCAGAAGCUGGCGCACCAGGAAUCGACAGAUCUCAAGACUUGGGGCCCUGUCAUCAACGAUGUUGCAUAUGAUGAGUAUAUCGCGCGUCCGGGGAUGACAGUCGUCACAUACAUUCCACCUCUUGACAAGUGGAUUCUGGUCCACGAGCUUCCCAUCGGUAACUCGUCCUCCCAUGGAGUCAACUACCCUGUCUACUACGUGAUGGCGGACUCUCCACUGGAGUUCGGCAAGGAGAAGGGUCGUCCCAUUGUCAUCAACAACACCACUGCGCCCAAUGCCAGCCCCUACGUGGUGUGGAGUCCUAUCGGCGGACCAAACGGUACCAUCAUUGUGUCAGAUGCGGACAGACCACAGGUAUACACCAAUCGUUUCGGUGGCGAUGUCGAUAAAUGGGAGGAACAUGGCACACCUGCUGGUGCCGUCUAUUCCAGGGCUAUCCAGAUCUCGAAGAAAUACCCCGACCACCUGACGAUCUACGGGGGAGAGACGUUUGAUAAUAUGCGCGCGGGUCUACAUACCCCAUUCUCUUCCACGGUGGUAUCGCUGAAAAAAACCCUCAAGACACCAGUCUAG